AUGGAGAAUCCCCACCCCGUUUUGGAGCAGAGCGGGGACGAGGGCCUGCGCGCCCCGCUGGCGCUUCUGACGCCGCGCCUCGAAAACGCAGUGGAGACAUAUUGCGCUGCAUCGGGCGAUUCCGCCGGCGCCGUGCGACAAUGGCUGGAAGCGAAUUAUGUAACCUCACUGCUGGUGCUGGAAAUCCUGGCAGACGAGCUUGGGGAACCAGACCCCGAAACAGACCCACUGCGACCACCGGCGGGCUUCUUCGACCAUGCCCUGGAUUUGGCAGAACAGGCGUACUUCGCCAUCAAGCACGUGGCAAAAGUCCGAAGGAAGCAUGCCACGGCCGACCUCAAAGAGGCGGCACCGCUGCGCACGGUUGAAAACCUGUGCACGCUGCCCGCGACGGGAGCACAACGACCCUUCAAAAGCUCGCGCCCGCGCGCAGAGCAGCAGCGCGACCAGGAGAGCCUGGACGCGCGCGAGCACGAGACGGCGUUGAAGGCAUGCCUGCAUCUCGUUGACUCAGUGCGCCAACACAGCCAGCGCUGCGCCCGCAUGGAUGAUUGCAGAUUGCCGAUUGGGGACCAGCGCAGGCUACUGGCCGAGCUGCUAGGGCGCAAAGCGCGAGUGGCGAGCACGGUCAGACAGCACUCCCGGCAUGUCCAUCGAUUCAUGACGUGGCUGGAAUCGCGCGGCCGCCAGGUUGCAACUGUGACUGAAAUCGACGUCAAGGUGUAUUUGGACGAGCAGAAGGAGCGGGGACAUUCUGUGCCCGGUGCUGUGUUUUCGGCGCUGCGCUGGUUUGACAACGCAAUCCAGAUGGGGUGGCCGCUGCAGGACGAACUGGUAUUGACAGCCGUGACAGAAGCGCACGGAGCGGCAGCCGCCACGAGAGUGCAGGCGGAACCGUUCACGCAGCUGGUAGUGGACAAACUCCAUGACCUCUUCUGGCGGGCACAAGGUGCAGAACGAUGGAUCACAGGUUUCUACAUCUGCCUCGCCAGCGCUGUGCUCCGCUGGGGAGACCUCCACAGAUCGUGGAACCUCGGGCUCACGCGGGAUGCCUUGUACGGCACGUCGUACCGCAUGAAGCGGAAAACAGCGCCGACCCCGUGGGCGGCGUUGCGGCACGACGCUGGCGGCCGCGACUGGGGUGGGGCAUGGCACGAGCUGACCAGCGCCCUGACUCCAGAAAGCGACCCAGGCCAACCACGGAAAUGGCUCUGGCCGGCGGUGGAGCACCCCGGGGAGGGUAGACUGGAAAUAGCUGCCCCGAUGCUCGGCACAGGCAUGCUGACUACAGGGUUGUAUCCGCCACAGCAAUCCCGGGCGUUGACAUCGUUGACCGAUUGGGCGGCGAACCCACGGGACCGGAAUCUAGAGAUGAUACGGUCGGUGAAAGCAAAUCGCGAUCCGGAGCUUGACAAGAAAGUCUGGGACAAGGUCCGGAAAGAAGUCCAGCGAGGAUACGCCACCAUCCGCGACCUCGACGAAUUCGACUUGCACGAAGUUUGCCUCACUCCACGAUUCCCCAAGUGGGAGCUGAAGGAGACUGGCGAGUGGACGGCCCGACCCAUCAGCGACUUCAAGCGCUCGGGCGGGAACGACACAGUCGACUUGGCUCAGCGGUAUACCCCAGAGGACUUGGUCCAGCUGUGGGCCGCCACGAGAUGGUGGAAAGAAACGUUCGGCGACCACGUGCCGCUCAUGGGAUACCGAGUGGACUACGAGAUGGCUUUCCGCCAGAGCCCGAAAGACCCAGACCAAGCGCAUCUAACCUUGGAGAUUGUGUGGGACCCACACGAACAAAAGGUCCGAGUGGUAGACGUAGACGGACAGCCGUUCGGAGGCGCGCUGUCGCAAUUCAACUACGUCCGGGACCCUGCCGCCAUGGUGGCGAUCGGCAGAUCCAUGCUGAUGCUGGCGAUCUCCCAUUACGCGGACGACGCGUGGGGAGUGGAGCCGGCCAGACUAGCACAGCAAGCGCACCGUCUCUGGAUUGAGCUGAACACCCUGGUGGGGUGGCGCAUCGACAUGGAGAAAAGCCCACCGCCAGCUGAUCCAUUCAAGCUGUUGGGAGGCCUGCAUUACCUUGGCGCGGGGGAGCCCCAUAGUUGCCUCCACCCAGCCAAAUUGCAGGCGAUCCUCGCUCGGAUACACGGCCACCUCGACAGUGGUUCAAUGACGAGCUCGGAGGCAGGCACGCUCCGAGGGCAGCUGGGGUGGGCGCGCUCGUUCCACUUUGGGCGGUUUGGAGCGGCGGCGCUCCGUCCCCUCGCAGAGCGACAACACAACAAGCAACACCUGCGACUCAACCCAGCGCUGCGGGCAUCCCUGCUGUUCUGGGUACGCGUGCUCAAAAUCGCUGGAGGGAGGCCGAUCCCGUACUCGCCGGAACGCAUGGACCUUCACAUCAUCGUGACGGAUGGUGAAGGAACCGGCUGGGUGGCGGCGGGCUGGUGGCGGCCCCGGCAGAGCGAUUGGGCGCCACGGGUCACUCGCGCCAGGGUGCCGCCGGAGUGGCGGGAGGCGUGGAAGCAGGGCAGCAAAGACAUCGACAUCAACGAGAUCGAGGCAGUAGGACCCAUGCUGGCGAUGAACACAUGGCCAGAGCUCCGAGGGGGCAUGGCGCUGGCCUUCAUCGACAACGAGACAGCCAAGAGCACGCUCAUCAAAGGCAACAGCUCAGCGACGCCCCUCAAUGUGAUCGCGCACCGGACAUGGGAAAUGUUCCGCGAGAGAGAGCUGCACGCCUGGAUUGAGCGGGCCAAAGUGCAGAUGAGAUUGGCCAAGGCGCUGGUGCUGAAGCAUCACCGCUUUGGGGAGGCGGCCGAGGCGGAGCUGGAGGCGGAGGGGAAGCAGGCGCAGCAGGAGGCGCAGGGGCUGCUGACGCAGGUGCUCGCCCAGGGCGAGGCCCUCGACAACGAGAACCUGACGUACGAGUGUUUGAAGAUGAUUAUGCAAGUGCAUAUGCAGGCGCAGGAAGCCGACCAGGCCCGCAAGGUGCUGGAGCGCUUGAUGAGCUUGAGGCCGGACGAUGAGGAGCUGCGCAGCGACAGCGCGCUCAUCAACAGGCUAGAGACGGCCCUGAACCUCAAGAAGGGGGCGAGCAACAUCGAGGGCGUGCAGAAGGACCUCCAGGCUGCGGUGGCGGCGGUGGACAAGCCGAAGGUCACAGAGUGCUUGGAGUCAAUUUUGGGCAUGAUCAAGGGUGGCCAGGUCGUGGGGGGCGCAGCAGAUCCUCCUUCAAGGGAGGAAGCAUCUUCUCCUUCCCUCCUGUUUGUUACGGCAUAG